CAUUCGUUCUCACGAAAGAAGUCGCGAAGCGAACGAUAAACCUGGACUAUGUAAAGUCCAUUUUUACAUAACGAUCUUGGAUAUUGGACGCUUCAUUUGACUUGCAUCUCGCUAGGAUCAACUGGGAUCACUUGUAUCUUUGUGGGACUUGCUUUAACAUAUUCUAUUGCGUAACAUAAGUAUUUGCACAGUUCCCGUUACCCUGCUUCACGGUGGGUUAUAUUUUUUGUACUAAAAAGAAUUAACAAGGUAAUCGACGGGAUUCGGCGCCAAAGUCAAAUAUUUAUUUUGUCCAGUUGAAAAUUUCUCUGGGUCUCAAUAACGUACAGUCAGACUUGUUGCUGCUUAGCCGUGCGUUUGUUCUUUUUGUAAUCCGUAUAAGAGUGUCAAAACAUGCUAUGAAGUCUGGAAGCGGUCUUUGUUUCUAAGGACAAUAUUAAUUUACGGAAUAACGUUUUAUUACUGGCUGACUGUGUUAUCGCGAUACUUAUCACAAAUGACCAGCGGCUCUUAUUUGAUAAUUAAUAACCGUUAUCGUACGAUCAGCAAUAAUGAAUCUGGAAUCGAAUUUUUAUGAGUCGGCGAAUUAUUAAAAAAAAAAUAGGUCACGCAAUAUUCCCUAUGACAAUAUACUCGCAGAUUUUAUCACUGAUAAACAUUUACAAUGGACACGACCAUCCGAAUGCACCGGUCAAUGCUUUUGUAAUAAUACGCAGAUGAUUCCAGGUUUUGGUCAGGACUUUAAAUUUGUUAUUGUACGAGUUUCGCAGGACGGCUAGUACGCGACGAGCAGCACGUGACGAAAGAAAACAAGGUGCAGUUCCGUCGGUGCGGGUUUACGUUUUCAAGACGCUCAGUAGAAAUUCGUCGUCGCGAGCAGUGCCAGCGGUACAGCCUAAUGGAAACCUACAUUGUUGAUAAUUAAUUUAUUAAAACUUCGAGCGUCGAGGAUUCACGUAACCCUUUUUUAACGUGACGAUUUAUCUAACACUAGAGAGAUCCACGGACACCCACCAUGUCCAUAAACGAUGACAGGCGGCCAUAUUUAAUGGUAACCAGUAGUAACACAUAUACAAUGUACGUGUCUCUGUCAAAGCAUGGAAUAUUUCGUAGAGAAGAAAGCCCAGGGUCGUUUUCCACAGCUGGCGUCUCUUGGACCCACGUAGAGACGCACAUACGCAUUUAUCAGCUAUUCCUCUUAUUGCCAACCAUAUAACACUACACGUAUACAUACAUGUAGCAGACCUCAGCAUAUAAUCGCCAAGUGGCGUGAUUCUGCGAUUUUCAACGACGUCCCAAAUCUCAACUGCUCCUGGUGGGUUCUGGCUGUGUCCCGGGCUGUUGAACUUGACGGCGACUCCUCGAAGUGCGUUGCUUCGUAGAGGGUGAGCCGGGUCAUGCGUCUAGACGAAAGCAACGACCCUUUCUCCCGAACGAAGGGCGACGCAAGAUCAUUGACUAGUAAGAAAUGCACUGUCUAGGGGCAGUAACGGGUGGAGCAGCCAGUCCCAAUGGAGUUGGCAACUGCGGUGGUGUUCUUGGAGUUGUCCGAGCUCUUGGAGUCCUUGUCAGUGAAGGGAGAAUUCAGGGUCCUCCGCGUGGAUACAAGGAGGGCCCUCACUGUGCCGCUCCUAUGCAGGCAGCUCCAAACAAACAUGUUUGUGAGAAGGAUAAUUAUUUGUGCGACCGGUACCUGGUACUAGUACGUGAGAUUGCGGGCAGGACAGCUGUUGGUUCGCUGAUGUGCGUCGAGGUUUUACUCUGCAGCGAUUGUCCCUGUGGUCUUGCAAAGGCCACGUGCAAGGACCCGGUUUUUCCUAUACCGUCCAUAUCCAUCGCAACAUGGCAACAUUCGUCGGAGAUGUUACUGGAGUAUUGGUGCAUCAGUGUUGUACCGAGCAAGGGUCCGGAAAUGAUGAACUCACAGGGUCUCUAUCAGGCGGUACGCUCUCGAUUACACUUCAGUCAAGUGGCAGCUUGGUGGUCCCGCAGCAACGGUUCUAAGCCUAAUUAUGUGACUACCAGGGUCGUACCGUACAGCGAGGACAAUCUGAGAAAGUUUCGGGACUCUCCUACCAAGCACACCUUUCCCUUGGCUGGUAGCGGUGAUGGAAAUUCUAUCAAAGUAACAGUCUGGGCACUACCACGGAUGGAAGAGGUGCCAAUCUUGACAUGUCCAAAACAUCCAAUCGCUGGGAAGGAUGAAGAGGGUGUUGCACGCGCUUUAACUCCGACUAAAAAUAUGCCGGUAUCCACGGUUUCUCAAAAUCCGGAGACUCUGCUCUUGCCUGCCUUGGUGGAUGACAGACUCCAAACACCAUGCAAUGAACCUGGGAAACAUCACUGUCGCUGCGAAGAAGAAGAUGGUUGCCCACCCUCACCGUCCCUUAGACCCAAUGGUGAACGGAAACGUCGUAGAUCCCUUCCUUGCGGUCCGGAAGAUGUCGUACCCUGUCCAGCGUACCAUACUAUUCCGUUACCAUCAGUUCAAGAAAUGUCAAUGAGAGAAACAAACGAAAUUCCAACUACGAAUCCAGACACAGCGAAUUGUGAUCCUAGUGCUGUUACCCUAGCGCAAAGUCAGGAACAACACACUGAAAAUCAUUCGAAUACGGAGAGUCUUGUUCACUGUUUCCGAACUCAGUUGAGUAUUGAAGAACAGGAAGGAAACGUAGAGAAACGUUACAAGCGUACCGUUGAGAAUUUGCCUGCAACUGAUGCCUCGGUUAUGACACAACAUCGAGAGGAAUCGCUGAAUUACACUGAUAGUUUAAUGUGGAAAAGAACUAACAGAGAUUUCGAGGAUUCAUUUGAACAGAACACAGACUCCGUCAAUAUUGCGCCAUUCGACCUAUCAUCUUCGGGAUCCCCGGCACCGUAUCACGACACCGUUAAGGUUGACACUAGGAAAUUACGUGGAUUUGCAGAAAUUCUUAACGCGUCCAGAAGUACGAUGCCUCCUCCAGUGCCCAGAGAAACCAACCUUGUGAUCAAUCCAUUCAAAGAGCGUAGUCCAUAUCACGAAUCUAACCCUGGACCCUCUACGUAUAGUGGUAAUACCGAAUUUAAGAAUUCAAUUUAUUCAUCCUGCAUGGUCCAUCAAAGCUGUUCAAAGUCGUCCAACAAUAAAACCAACACGAAGGACAGUACCGCGGAAAGUACGAGGUAUCAUCAAACACCUAAGGAUUUGACUCGUCUGAUGUCGAAGUUGUCAUUUCCCGAGGACAAAGAGAAGCCGAGGGAGGAAGGUGGAAUCUUGGAAUGGUUCAGUAAAGUUCCAAGCAGAGUUCUCGGGGUAGCAGCUAGUAAUGGUUUCAUGGAAGAGAGGACCAAGACGAACGACGUGAAAACUCAAGAGCCUCGUAGCAGCGAAGUCAAGUUCAAGAAUGGCAAUCUGGAACUGAGCCAGAGGGAGUUUGACGAAGUUUUGGCUGUGCUGAGAGCCAGGACUCCAUCCGGUCGCAGAAGAGCUCCACUCAAGACCGUGAAACGCAGAGACAGAUCUGGGAGACAGGGUGACGACAGUAGCUUUUAUGAGAGAUCAUCCGUCAAGUCCUUAACCGUGAAUUUGGAAAGUUGCAAGUAUGCAAGCGGUUACGAGGCGAAUCACGCGACCAAUAGCAACAGUGAUGACUGCGAUUGUAAAUUGUGUAGAAAGGAUCAGCGACUCUCAGGCAAAUCCACGUGGACGCAGAGCUCGAAUUGGAACGAACCAGCUCAGCUUAAUCAACAGGAUUCUUACGGCAGCAAAGAAAAAUUAUUAGACACAAAUCCUACCAAGAAAGAGUCACUUUUAGCGAUCAAGACGGAUAAGCUUGAGGGUCGAACUGCCAAGUCUGCAGAUUGUUUUUACAACGUGUCCAACAAGGCAGAUGUUCUUCUGGGGGCUAUAUUGAGAACUAGUCGAGACAGAAAGGGUCUCACAGACAUUUCAAAUGGGACCAGACCACGAAGAAUGUUGUCAGCUGAAAAGUUGGAGGGUUCAAACGAUCCCCAGGAGCAAGAUAGAGCCGAUAAGACUAAUCAAACACUGAGGAUUGUACCGUACGAGGACGAAAAGUCCUUACCAUUGGCCUUAAAUAAAAGGCUUAAUCGGUUUAGACAGCUCUUUAAAAGAGAGCACGAGAGAAAGGAUAUUCUGACGUCGGAAAGUCAUUCCGAAGAUAAUUUCCGCAAUGGCGACCAGCGCGAAAACUCUUCGAACCCGGAUCAAAACACGAGUACCAGCAGCGUCCAAAAACUGUUGGGUCAGAAUCACAAGAGUCAGAGGGAGAAUAGAGUGAAGAGGCGCAUUGACUUUUCAAACUUUUCCGAAGCCGUUGGGAAGGUCAAUGAGAGUUCAAGGGAGAUCGACGGGAAUAGCGCACAUCGAAAUCCAAGGUUCCAUAGUACAAAUAGUGAGGAUCACAUCCAUCCUGAAAUGAACAGUCAAAACGACAUCAUGAUCACUCGCGUGAAUCUGAUCAGGCGACAGAGUACAAAUCCCGAGGAGUAUUACGAUCACCAGGAGGCACAGAAAUCAUUCGCAACGAGUUCAAUAGCGAAUGACGUCGCAUUGGCAUCGACUCAACACAGUUGUUCGUCUUCCAGAAUUCAGAGCAUUAACAACAAUCGCGAGAGGGUACCUUCCCUUGUCCACGAAGCGCGUAACGGUUGGAAUAUAGAUGAGAACGAAUCAUUCGAAAGAGGUGUUCCUUCGGCUAUCGAACAAGAACGCUUUAGAAGAUCCUUGGAAAAUGCAGCAUCCAUGGUGUUCCACAGUAGGACAGGUUUGCCACUGACUUCGAGUCCAGCUCCAUUGAGAAGAGGGAGUUGCUGCUUUGACUAUGACAGUAGUCUGAAUUCAGUCUCCUCGAAGAGAAGUGCACUAUUCGAGCUGAACACCCCGCCGAGUCCUGGUGCCGUUUCCCUGGAGGAGGCCGACCGGGAGACCGAGACUGCUGGCGAGGGCGAGGAAACACCCAAGAGACGUUCAACGUCACGUGGACGACCUCAGAGUCAUGCGCUUCUUGGAAGCUUCGAGGAAUCUGCACUCAAUGGAAGGCUAGAACCAGUGUCUACAGUUCAUGGGUUCACAGCUGAACUUGGUGCCAGUGGCUCAUUCUGUCCUAAGCAUCGCAAGCUUCCGGUCACGGUGUUCUUUUAUACCCUGGGAGACAAUGACAAAGUCUCUACACCAUACCUCGCUCAUAUUAAUUUAAGUAAAAAGGGUUAUCAAGUACCAAGAAGUGGAACCAUUCAAGUGACUCUUCUUAAUCCUUUAGGCACUGUUGUCAAAAUGUUCGUAGUACUGUACGAUCUUUCUGACAUGCCGCCACGAUCUCAUACUUUUUUACGUCAGAGAACACUGCGUGACAAAACAUUACGCUACCUCGUUCACCUUAGGUUUAUGUCUGGUAAGUCUGGCCGAAUUUACCUUCAUACGGACAUCCGCAUGAUUAUUUGCCGAAAGUCAGACGUCGACACAGCAUCCGAUUUCGGCUCGGAACCACCAAAAGAAUUGAGGAGUUACAUCCACGGUCCUACAAAUCCAAAAUUUUCACCAAGAUGCUGAACCGCGUGGCUCUUCCCGUGGAGUUGCUGUCAACCGCAUCGUCCGGUCAGUCCGCUCGGCGUGGAAGUUUGAACCAGGAAGAGUCUUGUCGUAUCAGCCUAGAAAUCUUGGAGUGAUUAUUACAAUUAUUUAAAGUACGAGUACAUAAGAUUUAGAGUGAGAUUGAGAGAGAUACGGGAUAUAAAGGCUAAUGAUUCUUUCAUCGUAUCCAAGUAAUUAUUUUCAAUUAGUUUCAGAAUCGAUCGAUGAAAAAAUCAUUCCUAAUCAUGGAUAAGGUUGUACUUGUUUCGUUUGAGAUUGUGGUAAAAUCGGUCAUUCGGACUUUGCCGAGUCACGAUCAAGUUUAGUUAUUCUUGUUAAUUGUUCAUUGUUUCCUUUUUCUUCUUUUGUACUCGUGCAAUUGGCGAAAGACUAUUAGACAGAGUUCAUACAGAUCCCAGUUCAAUGGUUUGUCGAGAGUCGUGUUGUGUAGUUUCGUUAUAAUCUUUUUAAUACAGAUUACAAAUUUUGAUCGUCCUGACGGAGGUCUGUGUCGUAGUUCGCAAAGCGCGAAUUAAUUAGAUAAGUUUAGGUUCUCUCGUGAAAAUUAUUGUCGAGAAUGCAAUUAAAGUAGUGAGAUGAGAUACAGAGAGGCCAUCGAAUAUGCUCGUACGUAACACGACGAUACGUUUUUUUUUUCAUCUUGUGGAUUUCCUUAUUUUUCUUUUAUUUAUUUCUAUUUUUUUUUUCAUAGCGAAUAUAACGUCGUUAUUGGGUAUCGAUUUUACGUGAACGCAUAUCCGAUUAGCUGAUCGAUAACAAAACUGACGAGAGAGACUUUAAUUGCUGCCUGACAUGCUCUUGUCGCGAGGUGGACGAUCUCCUUAGAACGCCAUUAUCUCAAUCAACCAGUUUCUUGUAAAUAUAGUCAUAUCUAAAGUCAGAUGUAAGAAUUUUUCAUGUGGGAUGAUACUGCCAUGUGUGUGUAGCACCCUACGUUAAAUAUGAAACAAGUGAUAUAGAUAGAAAGCGUGAGAAACGGUAAUUGGAGAGAAAUUAGCGAGGGGCGAAUCAUUUUUCCAAAAAUAAUAAGAAUUUCGAAAUAAGAGAUAUAUGCAUAACACAUGUAUAUAACAUAUAUUUUCAUAAUACCCUUCUGGAAUUGAGAGAAAAGAAAAUGCGGUUCGCUACGGCUAUUUUAAUUCUUCUCGUUAACUAAUUGCUUAUGCCUCGUUAAUAAUAUCACAAUGAAAACUUGAUCGAAAUAAUAAUUUAUAUAUGUCACCUAAUCUGGUGUAUACAUUAACAAUGUUAAAUCGGCUCGAAAUUUUCUCUUCGUGAUUUAUAAAUUAAAAAAAAAAACAUGUUUAUAAGGUCGUCACUUCGAAUUUUAUUUUGGCCAAUAUAAGAUUCGCCCAUCGCCAGUCUCUUUGCGAGGAUUAAAAGGAAAAAGAAGAUGAAAAAAAAGAUUAUUUACACGUAUAAGCAGAACACAAUAUUUUGUGUCCGUAGCACUGUGAUGAAUAUAUAUUGAUAGAUUAUAAAGAGUAAUUAUUAUCGAAGUAACUAUUUACGUAGUUGGUUACAUCUUAGGAUUAAUAAACAUUCAGCUAAUUAUCGUAUGAGACUUGUAAUCGAGCGUAAACGCAUUAACCGUAACGAAUUAUCAGGUAAUAAGUUUCAUAACAGCAAUGAGUUCAUCAGCAAUUCUCGUUCGAAUCAGCUUGGCUGAUUUUUCGACUUUCCUUUAUCUCGUUCUCAAGAAUACGAUGCAAAGUAAAGAAAACACAAUAUUUAAAGUAAUCGAGGUCAACUGCGAUCAUCUUCAUGUCUUCGAUCAUCCUGAGUGUGAUAAAUUGAAUCAUCCAGCGUUAUAUCAAAUUCCAAAGAACAAAAGACCUCAAUGUCGUAUAUUUUCAAUUGAUACGUAUAAUUUGGAUUAGAUUAAGAUUGCAAGUGGUCUAAAUAUGUUUCCAAUUAAGAACUAAAAUUUGUAAUCACUAUAAUCAAUUUUGCAUAAGCAGAGGUCAACGUGUUAUUCUGAUCCAAGGCAAUAACGAUGAUACGCUGUGACUUGAAUAUCCAAGUAGGAAAAAGGAUGAUACGAAGUAAGAAAAUUGAAAAAAGUAAAGUCUACGAAAUUAUGGAAUCGAAUCGGUAGCGAAUGAGUAAAACCACGUCAAAAUUGUGAUCACUGCGUAAUCGUAAAUGAGUUUGCAAAUGUAACUUAAAAAUUUGGUAGAGGAAAUAAUGUCGUGUACGGCAAUGGGGAAUUAGAAGUGUAUAAUCACUGCCAUGCUGUAUAUACGUUUCUAGUGUAGACGAAGAAGAGAAAAGAUAAAAGGAAAAAAUACGGAAAAAUGUAACAAAAUAGAGGUUAGAAGAAGUUUCAAUGAAUCUUCAGUGACAGUUCUAUUACAAAUUCCUGGUCGAGAUAUUUUUAAUGAACUGUUAACUUAUAUGUAAUCCGUAACGAGUUAUAAAAAGAAAAUGGCUCAUUUGCUUCCGUCAAUUAUUCCUUAAUAAUUAAGUUCACUUUUAGUUUAGACCUCGAAAAAAAGAAAACAAUUAUUUUAUCUAAAUGCUUUUUAAAAUUGUUACCGUUCUUCGCUGUUGUUAGUCAUACGAUUAUUAUCCUUUUCUUUAUUAUUAACAGCGCCAAUACGUUUUUAAAAAUUUUACUGCGCAACUUCGAUCGAGGCCAGGCUUCUUGUACAUAGCGUAGAAUUAUUUUAUAUAACACGUGGAAUACUGUUACUGAUAGACCGUACUUUUUAUUAAUUCAUGAGGUUCAGAUACACCGGGAACGAGAAGGGGUCAAAGAUUAUUUUUUGUCAAUAGAAAAACGAUGUGGUGUGCAUAGCCAAACGUAAUAAAAUUACAUUAAUGCAUUAA